UUUGUUUUUGUCCCUUUUAAACGAAACAAGAUCCAAAGAUGAGUGAAGAAACAUAUGAAGAAACGAUGGAAACAAGUCAAUCUCCUCGUGCUGCUCCAAAACUGAACGAGAGGAUCCUCUCAACUUUAUCCAGGAGAUCUGUAGCUGCGCAUCCAUGGCACGACCUUGAGAUCGGUCCUGAAGCUCCAUUAGUCUUCAACGUGGUGGUUGAGAUCACAAAGGGAAGCAAAGUGAAAUAUGAACUUGACAAAAAGACCGGUCUUAUCAAGGUUGACCGGAUCUUGUACUCAUCUGUUGUGUAUCCUCACAACUACGGAUUCAUACCCAGGACAUUGUGUGAAGACAAUGAUCCUCUUGAUGUUCUUGUCCUCAUGCAGGAACCAGUGCUUCCAGGAUGUUUUCUCCGUGCUAGAGCCAUUGGAUUAAUGCCCAUGAUUGAUCAGGGAGAGAUGGACGACAAGAUCAUAGCCGUGUGUGCAGACGAUCCAGAGUACAAACAUUUCACCGACAUCAAACAACUCGCUCCUCACCGUCUCUCAGAGAUCCGUCGUUUCUUCGAAGACUACAAGAAGAACGAGCACAAGGAGGUGGCUGUAAACGAUUUCUUGCCAUCGGAGAAGGCACAUGAAGCAAUCCAGUACUCCAUGGAUCUAUACGCUGAGUAUAUUCUCCAUACCUUGAGGAGAUGAACCAGCAACAACACGUUAUCUUCACAUACACGGAAAGAAGUUUAUGCUUCGCAGCAUCCCCGCAAUAAAAUAUUUUCACGAAAUUUAUUAUUUUGAAUAUUCAUUUU